GCUCGCGGAAAGUAAAAUAAUAAGAGAACAGUGCUAAAAUUGUUAGUUGCCACUUGCCAUAUCUUAGUGAAAAAGUUACUUCACAUAAAAUAAGUAAUAAGUGACUUUUGAGAUCGGGCAAACAUGCGCCAUUCUUCUCCGCUUCGACGCGCAUUCCCCAACCACUAUUCCGCGUUUCAGAAGGAUAAAGUAAAGUCAAAUCUAUCAAAGAUUAUUAUCCGUAUUUCCUAAUCAGUAUUUUAAUAAUUGAAAUAUAAAUUCAGAGAUCUUCAUAUUCAAAUUGUACGCAGAAAUUAGAUAUUUUUUGUUUCAGAGAGAGAAGUGAAAGAAACAAAAGUGUUUGGCCUAUUGUUUGAUUGUUUUGCGGAAGUAAUCCUUGGAUCGUCAUGAGUUUCCUGUUCGGCAAGAAAAAGACUCCCGCAGAGCUCCUGCGGGAGAAUAAGAGGAUGCUUGAUAAAUCCAUCCGGGAAAUUGAGAGGGAGAGACAAGGUUUACAAGCACAAGAAAAGAAACUGAUUGUGGAGAUUAAAAAAAGUGCAAAGCAAGGACAAAUGGGAGCUGUCAAGGUGAUGGCCAAAGAUCUUAUCAGGACAAGACAUCAGAUAGAAAAAUUUUACAAGCUCAAGUCUCAACUACAAGGCGUGUCCCUCAGAAUCCAGACAUUGAAAUCUACACAAGCAAUGGGGGAGGCAAUGAAAGGUGUCACGAAGGCAAUGGGCCAAAUGAACAGGCAGAUGAAUUUGCCGAACUUGCAGAAAAUAAUGCAAGAAUUUGAGAGGCAGAAUGAGAAGAUGGAACUUACUAGUGAAGUCAUGGGAGAUGCGAUUGAUGAUGCUUUGGAAGGAGACGAGGAAGAAGAGGAGACAGAAGAGUUGGUGAAUCAAGUUCUUGAUGAGAUUGGAAUUGACAUUAAUUCUGAGCUUGUUAAUGCACCCUCCUCCGCUGUAGCUGCCCCAGCUGCAAAGAAUAAGGUUCAACAAGCUGAAGCAACAGGAAAUGAUGAUGGUGGGAUAGACAAUGACCUGCAGUCCAGGUUAGACAAUUUGAGAAAGAUGUAGUUACUUGUAAAAUAGAAAUAAUCUAGCACAAAAGCAUUUUAUGUGGCUUGUAACAUUGUGAAGAUCCUAUUACCUAUGAUUUGGCUGUAUGUCUCAAUUUGAGUACAAUUAAUGCCUCUUUUACCUUUUACAGUGUCUUAAACAUGAACUCACAUGUAAAAUGGGGAAUUAAAUUUGUUUUGUCAGUAGUAUGAUUUGAAACUCUAA